AUGUUACAUAUCAAUCCAUCAUAUUCUGUUGAGAAAGUUAAUGAAUAUUUUCAUAUUAAAGAAUGUAAUUUUCAACUCCAAAAAUCGUUUAUAAAAGAAAUGAAAGUAUUCCCUCAUCUUGAAACAAAAGUAAGAAUUGCUUCAUUAACAUUAAAAAAUCCCAAAUACUCUUUUGAUCUUUCAGAGUUUACUUCUUUAACAAGUCUAUCACUUAAUAUUAAGAAACACUUAAGAGUUAAUGAUUUUAUUAGAAAUAAAUAUUAUCAUUUUGAAAGAGUCUAUGUUAUGAUGGAAGGAUUUGUUGAUAUCAACUUUAUUAAUCACAUUGAUCAAUUCAAUAUUAGAAAAGUAAUUAUUGAAUUUGAUAAACAAGAAAUAUUAGAAUCAGUCAUUAAAAAUAAGAAACUCCUUAAAAGAAUUACAUUUUGUUACAAAGAAUGUUAUUGUACUAUUUCUAAUGAUGGUAUUAUUCACAAUAAACGAUUAACUGAUGGAUUUGACGUAACAGAAAAAGGAUUUAAUAAUGAUACAAUACUUCAGUAUUAUCCUGAACAUAUAAAAAUAAAUGGAUUUAUCAACAAGAAAAUUGAAAUGGAUUUUAGUUCAUUCACAUUCAUAAAAUCAAUCAAAUCAACAACAUCUUCAAUUUGUUUCAAUCCACCAACUCCUUUAACACAUUUAGAUUCAAAAUAUUUCUAUGAAAUAUCUUCUCUUAAAGAAUUACAUCUUCAAUGA